UUUGUUCGGUCGCAAAAAUGUCACCAGUCUCGGGUGUCUUAUUACUGCUCCUUACCUGCCAGCUCGCUACGUCGACACCAAUUUUUGACAGAGAUGGGAUAGGUCUUCAUGGUCGAUCAUCUGGAUUCGGAGAAACAGUACGAGAUUGGUUCAGAGUAAUCAAGGAGAGAAUUGUGGGUAAAUGGCAGGAAUGGUUCGGCAGAGACAAUCCAACUCCGAAUUUAUCACCACAGGAUAUUUUAAACAUUGAUAAAUCUAUAGAGAGCCGAAUACCGAGUUAUCCAGGCUUUUUCUUGGAUUUGUCUAGCCUAUCUUUCGACCCUAAACGAGAUUGGGGCGUGCGACUUGGUAACUGGUACAUCAUCCGGAAAGUUACAGGGGAUAGCUUCAAUCCGGAUAGUGAUUCAGAUGAAUGGGACUUGAGACCUUUGUUGCCAAACUUACCUUCACCUCCCAUAUUGGGAAUCAAUUGGACGCCUGAUUUCCGCAAAUUCGAAAUUCCGGAAGCUACGCAAUCUCCAACGACUACACCAAACAUCGAAACGACCACGUCGAGACAACAGACGACUCAAACUGUUACUCAGACGCAAUCAGUCUUAACUUCUACCGAAUCAACUGUAACUACUACUGAGGAAACUGUAGCUACUACUGAAGAAACUGCAGCUACUACUGAGGAAACUGUAGUUUCUACUGAGACCAUAAUUUCCACUGAAUCAAUUCCAAUUACUAUUGAAUUAACUAGAACUUCCACAGAGCCAAAUGUAACAACUGAAAAAAUUUUGACUUCACGUGAAUCUGUAACAAAUACUGAAUCAGUUACAGUAUCUACUGAGUCUGUAUUAGUAUCUACUGAGUCGAAGACUGAACUAACUAACGUUUCAUCCGUUGAGUCUACUAUACUCACCACCGAAUCAAUGUCAUCUACCGUCGUGGAACCAUCUCUAACUUCUGUUAAAUCAAUCGAAACAUUUACCGAAUCUAUUGUAAUUACUACUGAAUCAAUUAUGACGUCUACUGAAGAAUUAACUACUAUUACUACUAGUACUGAGCCACCAGUAACAUCCACUAUUAUUACUAGUACUGAGUCACCAAUAACAACUGAAUUAAUUUUACCUACUUUCAAUAAACGAAUAGAAGACAAUGAGAUCUCCAAACGUACUACAAUGAAACCUCAUCCAGCUUCUGCUGAAGUCAUAAUGUUUUAAAAAUAGAUCAAUAAAAAGUUCAAUAAAUAUGUCGAAAACAGAAGAAAUACAUCGACAAGGAACUAAUUAAAAA